GAGGCUGGGGCUGGGAGGCCGCCUCUUAUCUGUCAGAAUCUUCUUGCCGCCUCUCCAGAGGCCCAGCGCGAGGCUGCCCCAAGCUGGCUGGGGGCGGACAGGGCUGGCCCCUGUGGCCAGGUGCCCUCUGCGGGCCCGUCUAUGGGGCUGGCUGUGGAGUCUGUGUGCCCCCAGCCGGCCCUCUUCGGCGGAGACUCUUGGGGCAGCUCUCCAGACGCUGCCGGAAAGAGCCCCGCGAGGUGCCCCAGACGUCCGUCCAUCUGUCCAUCAAGAUGAGGCCCCUGGUCCUGUUUGCUGCCCUCCUCUGGCUCGGAGUCUUCUUGGCGCAGGAAGACGAGUGCCCCUCCCUGGAAGGGGGUCCAGGCGGGAAGAGCAGAGGACCACCUCCAGCCGUGAACGUGAGUGGCCAGGGGACGUCCGCCAGCCUCGCUCUGAGCUGGGCAGCCCCAGGGCCUGGCAGUGCCAGUCACACCCUCCGUCUAACCCAGCUGAGCCCCCUGGGCUUCCCCGAAGGGCAGCAGCUCAGACCCACACCAACGUGUUCAGCUUUGAGUUCCAGGACCUGGUGCCAGGAAGUCACUACCAGCUGGAAGAGAUGGCCCUGCACCCUCCAGCAGGGGCGAUGCCCUGGCCCUGAACAUGGUGCCUCUGCUUCCGGUGCAGCCCCGUCCACUGUCCAGGCCCUGCGGCUCCACAGCUCUGCGAGCCCGUCCAGCCUGGAGGCCUCAUGGGGCACUGCCCCCGGUGGGCAGGAUGGCUACCAGCUUCUCCCCUACCACCUGGAAUCCCAGGCAGUGGCUCAUAACAUCUCCGUGGCCCCGGGGACCCUGUCCUACAAUUUCAGCGACCUCUUACCAGGCAGCGAGUACCUUUUGGCGGUUACCACCUGGGCCGCCAACCUCCAGGCAAAGACCAGCACCCACCAGUGGACAGCCCCCGAGGCUCCAGGUCAGCUGGCGCUGCGUGCCCUGGGCACCAGUGCCCUGCAGGCCUCCUGGAACAGCUCUUGGGGCGCCGCCUGGCUACAUCUCGCCCUCACAGACCUCCUUGGUGGCCCCAACCUGAUGGCAGGGAUCAGACGGGGGGUCUCCAGUCACACCUUUGCUCAUCUCUCUCCGGGAACCCCCUACAAGCUGAUGCUCACAGCUGUUGCCGGGCCCCUUCAGACAGUGGGACCCAACGCCACUGAGUGGACCUAUCCCUCAGCCCCCCUGGACCUGCUGCUCAUGCCCCUGCCCCCAGGGCUCUGUGCCAGCUGGGAGGCGGGGCCCGGGGCCCAGGAUGGCUACAUGCUCAGGCUGAGCAGGCCAGUGGAGAAGACCAUCACUCUGGGCCCCAGGGCCCUUAAUGCCACGUUCCCAGGGCCCCUGCCAGCCGGACGCUACACUCUGGAGCUGAGGGUUCUGGCCGGGCCCCAUGACGCCUGGGCCCAGGCCAGUGCCUGGCUGGAGGGUGAGUCUGGGCUAGGGCGGAGGAGGGUGGGGCCCUGCACCAAGAGGCAGGUGAAUUCUCCCUCUCCAGGGACCAUGUCCUCUCCCAACUCUGCAGCCCAGCCUGGACAAGGUGACGGCCCUGAGCUGCCCCGGGAUGGGCAGGAGGCCAGCGGGGGGCCUGGGAGCCAGACCGUGCUCUACACCGAGGGAGCCCCAGGCCUUCUCAGAAACAUCUCCGUGCCACCCGGUGCCACCCCAGGCACCCUCCAUGGGCCUGGGGGCCACUACCAGGCGGACGUGGUCUCUUCUCUGGGGAACACCACCCAGAGCCUCCCAGGCCACACAGGAUCCCUGGCACCCCUGUCUCUGAAAGUCACUGGCAGGGGCAGCCCCUCUGAGCUGGCCAUUGGCUGGGUCCCAGCGCCGGGGCAGUGGGAAGGCUACAGGGUCAGCUGGCACUUGGAAGGCAGCCAGAGGUCACCAGGUGGUCUCGUCGCUAUGGGCUCAGAUCACUCCAGCCCGACGCUGAUGGGCCUAGUGCCCGGCUCCUGCUACACCGUGUCGGCGUGGACCUGGGCGGGGAACCUCAGCUCCAGCGUCCAGAGGGCCGGCGCCUGCACCCUCCCUGCACCUCCCGCCAACUUGAGCCUGGGUCUGGCUGCCCAGCCUCCUGUCCUGAGUGCUUCCUGGAGCCCCCCACCGGGGGGCAGGGAUGACUUCCUCCUGCAGCUUCACCGCCUGAGGCCCCCGGCUCUGGAGGGCCAGGACACUCUGGCCCCCGAGGCACACAGCUUUUCCUGGGCCCGGCUGCCCCCAGGCACCGUGUUCCUGGUGUGGCUGUCUACCCUGCGGGGGCCGGACAAGAGCAGCAGCGCCAAUGCCUCAGGCUGGACCCCCCCCGCCCCUCCUGUGGUAAAUGUGACCAGUGAAGGCCCCACCCAGCUCUGGACAUCCUGGGUCCAUGCUCCUGGGGGCCGGGAUGGCUACCAGGUGACCCUGUUGCAGGCAGGCGUCCGGGUGGGCUCCAGGACCGUGGGGGCGCAGGUGGACAGCGCCAGCUUCUCAGCUCUCACUCCAGGCACUGAGUAUGAGGUGGCGGUCGUCGCGCAAGCUGUGCCUCUCUGCGGGGCGGCGGCCAACCCCUCGGGCUGGACGUCCCCACUGGUGCCCGUUGAGCUGCUGGUGUCGACGCAGGUGGGCAGUGCCGUGGUCAGCCUGGCCUGGGCCAGCGGCCCCCUGGGGUGUGGUGUGUGCUGCGCCCAGCUCUGCGAGGCCGGGCUCCUCUCCCGGGUGCAGCCCCUGGUGCUGGGCCAAGCCCAUCUGGCCCUGAGGGACCUCACACCUGGACGCAACCUCUCCCUGUCGGUGCUGUGCCAGGCAGGGCCACUCCAGGCCUCCACCCACCAUGUGGUGCUGCCUGUGGAGCCGGACCCCGUGGAGGAUGUGCAGUGCCGGCCCGAGGCCACCCGUCUGACCCUGACCUGGACAGUGCCCCCGGGGGCCGUGGACACCUGCCUGGUGGUGGCAGAGUAGCUGGUGGCCGGGGGCAAUGCCCAGCCAGUCUUCCAGACCGACACCUCUGGGGACGCCCUCCUGCUAUCUGGCCUGGAGCCCUCCACUCCCUACCGCCUCAGCCUCUCUGUGCGGGGCAGCAAUGGCCGGGGCAGCCGGGCCGCUACCCUGGUGUGCGCCACAUCUGCCCAGGCCUGGCGCCCCCCAGAGCUGGCCCCAGCGCCCCAGCUGGAGCCUGGUUUGGGGAUGGGCGUGAUGAUCACACGGGGCAUGUUUGGCAAGGAUGACGGGCAGAUCCAGUGGUAUGGCAUCAUCGCCACCACCAACAUGUCGCGUGAGUCCUGGGCACAAGAGGGGGAGGAUGACCCUGGCUGCUGCCCGGCAGGGGUGGGUGAGGGGUCCAGCACCGUGGAAACACAGGGAAGCCCCUCUGCUGGGGAGCAAGGCCAUGGCCCCACUGCCCUCUCUGCCCUCCCUGUCCCGGUCCCUGUCCCAGUGACUCAGCCGCCCCGGGAGGCUGUCAACCACACGUGGUACGACCACUACUAUGGAGGACACGACUCCUACUUGGCCAUCCUGCUCGCCAACCCCUUCCACCCUGGGCCCUGGGCUGUGCCGACCUCCUGGAGGGUGCCUGUGGGGAUGGAGGACUGCAGCCAGACUCAGGACAUCUGUAACGGGCAGCUCAAGCCAGGUUCCCAGUAUCGGAAGAGGAGCGGGGGGCGCUUGCUGUGCAGUCUCAGGGCCCUGAACAGGUGCGGGCGUCGCACCGUCUGUGUGUCUGCUGCUCAUGCCUGUCUCCUGGGAGGGCUGGGCCUGCUGCCUGCCCCUCUGCCCCAGGUUCAGUGUUGUGGCGUUCACCCAGUACAGCCCUCCCGAGACCCUCGUCUCCUUCUCUGCCUUCUCAGGGCAGAGAAGAAGCUGAGUUCCCAGGAGCGGACUGCUUACAACCUGCGGAGGACCCACCGGCCCAUCCCUGCCCACAGCUUCCGGCAGAGCUACGAGGCCAAGAGUGCCCACGCCCACCAGGCUUUCUUCCAGGAGUUCGAGGAGCUGAAGGAGGUGGGCAAGGAGCUGCCCAGGCUGGAGGCUGAGCACCCAGCCAACGCUGCCAAGAACCGCUACCCACACGUGCUGCCCUAUGACCACUCCCGGGUCAGGCUGGCCCCUCUGGACGGAGAGCCCCACUCUGACUAUGUCAACGGCAGCUUCGUCCCGGGCUACACCCACCGGCAGGAUUUCAUUGUCACCCAGGGGCCCCUCAAGAAGACCCUGGAGGACUUCUGGCGGCUGGUGUGGGAGCAGCAGGUCCACACCAUCAUCAUGCUGACGGUGGGCAUGGAGAACGGGCAGGUGCUGUGUGAGCACUACUGGCCAGCCAACCCCACCCCCGUCACCCAUGGGCACAUCACCGUCCACCUCCUGGCCGAGGAGCCGGAAGAGGAGUGGACCAAGCGGGAGUUCCAGCUGCAGCACGCUGCCCAGCAACCAGCACGGAGGGUGAAGCAGCUGCAGUUUACCACCUGGCCCGACCACGGCGUUCCCGAGACCCCCAGCUCCCUGCUGGCCUUCGUGGAUCUGGUCCAGGAGCAGGCCAGGGCUGCCCAGGGCACGGGGCCCCUCCUGGUGCACUGCAGUGCAGGCAUGGGCCGCUCCGGCACCUUCGUGGCCCUGUUGAGGCUCUUGCGGCAGCUGGAGGAGGAGCAGAUGGUGCACGUGUUCCACGCAGCAUACACACUGCGGCCGCACCGGCCCCUCAUGAUCCAGACCCCGAGCCAGUACGUCUUCCUGCACAGCUGCCUCCUGAGCAAGGUCCUGGAAGGGCCCUCCAGCUCCUCUGGCAGGGCCGCGAAGACAGGAAGCUGGGGAGCCUCAAGUGGCACCCGUGCUGCCCGCGAGGCCCCCAUGCCCCAGCCCAUCCCCGUGGGGAACUUCGCGCAGGCGUGCACUCUCAGGGCGGCUGACACCAACACUGGCUUUGUUGGGGAGUACAAGCUCCUGCUCCAGGCCCUCAAGGACCAUGUCGGCUCUGCUACGACCCCUCCUGGCUGUGAGCAGGAGCACUCAGGGGACGUGCAGGGCGGGCCUUCUGGCUGCGACCACGUGGUGCUGACUGGCCCAACAGGGCCUGAGGAGUUGUGGGAGCUGGUGUGGGAGUACGGGGCCUGCGUGCUGGUCUCCCUGUGCCCGCCGGAUGUCCAGGAGAAACGUGGGAGCAGGAAGGAGAGGCCGGUGCAGCGGCUGCAGCUUCCCCGCGGGGAGCCGGGGCAGGAACUCCCAGCUGCCACGCUGCUGCCCUUCCUGGCUGCCAUGGGCCAGUGCUGCUCCCGGGAAGCGGGGAAGCCAGGCAUGCUGCUCAGCCACUCCAGGUGCUGCUGGACGGGGACUGGGGGAGUGGGCAAACCCCUCACUGCCUCCCCGAGGGCCUCACAUCCCACUGAGCCCAGCUUAGAAGGACACAGCCCCCUCCUCACUCAGCCUGACAUCUUUCAGGAAUCUGCCCCCAUCCUACUGGGGCCUGGGGUUGGCUGGCCGUGCCUAGCAUCUCUCCCUGGUCCCCAGGCCCAGGCUGGGUUCUCCCAUCUCCCUGGGUACCUGGCCCUCCUCCUUGCCCCUAAGGUUCCCCCUCCAACUCAAGACCAAUUGCAGCAAGGGUGCGGCCCAGCUGGGCACCUUCCUGGCCAUGGACCAGCUGCUGCAGCAGGCAGGGGCUGAGUGCACCGUGGACGUCUUCACCGUGGUCUUGCAGCAGUCAGAGGCCUGUGGCCUCAUGAUCGCAACUCUGGUGAGAGGCGAUCAGGGGCUCAGCCUUGGGAAGGGCUGAAGGGUAGGGAAGGUCCCUCUCCAGCUGCAGGGGGCCUCUGGGCAGCGCCAUAGGAGCAGCUGCCAGGUGGCACUGGCGACCACGGCUCUCAGGUGAAGGCACAGGGAGACUGUCCUUGCGGUGUCCUCGCGGUGUCCUCGUGGUGUCUGCCCCCAGGAGCAGUGCAUCUAUCUCUACAACUGUCUGAACAGCGCGCUCCUGGACGGGCUGCCCUGAGUCGGCACUGGUCACUGGUGUGCCCGCCGGGAGGGCAGGCUGCACGCUUGGCCCAGAGCCGGGAAGGGGCUGAGUCUGGGAAUAAAGGAUGUGGUCAAGCCUGA